AUGGCAGUUAUUCAACGCGAUGGAUCUUUUGACAUUCGGCCCCUGGCUUUCGGCUCGCGCUGCAUACCUACAAGUGUCGCGGCGCAUGCUCUGUACAAAAAGUCUCGGUCUGACCUGCUUCAUGGUCCUGGUGGCUAUCUUGAUCUUACCACUCCAGUCUAUCAUGUCCUCGAUAAUGGUAUUACUGCCAGGACCAGCGAGGCUGUCUUCAAGUCAUCCAAAAACGAUGGUAUUCCUUACACGAUAAAGUUCGAAGGAGCUAAAAUCACCGGAUACCGCACUAUCUUCAUGGGGUCUUUCUGCGAUCCAAGUUUAAUUUCGCAGUUGCCGUCAUUCAUCGCUCAUGUAAAGGCUUAUGUCGCUCAGCAGCAUGCUCACGUUCAAGAGCCAUGGUCUUUGGAUUUUCAUACAUAUGGCUUUGAUCCAAAACGACCUAGAGAAUUCCUAGGUGGUGUCUUUCUUGUCGGUGAAACUUUAGCUACGACACAAGCCCUAGCAACGAGCAUUGCCUCGUGUGCACGUGUGGCUUGCGUCCAUGCUCCAUAUAAAGGUCAAAAGGCAACGAGCGGGAAUAUGGCAUAG